CUUAUUUGCCAGUUGUUGUGGUGCUUGUAGUUUGUGGGACAAGGGAGCGCGUUGGAAAUAUAUUUUUUUUUAUAGUAUUUCUGUUUCAAUUUGUUUGAAAAGGAAAGAAAUUGUGCUCACUGACAUGAAGACUGAAAGGAAAGACGGAUCGCGCAAGGCAGCGUUCCUGCCUGCUCAGUCACUGAUGACACCUAGUAAUGACCAAAGGGGUCCCAGCCCAUCACCUCAAACAUCGUACCAUCAGGCGCCACUGAGCCCUCCAUCAUCCCUGAUCAGCGAUGACGAACUGGUCACCAUCAGCGUCCGUGACCUCAACAGGCAGCUGAAGAUGAGGGGACUCAGCCGGGAGGAGAUGGUGAAAAUGAAACAGCGCAGGCGCACACUCAAGAACAGGGGAUAUGCCGCUAGCUGUCGCGUCAAGCGCCUGGAGCAGAAAGACGAGCUGGAGACUGAAAAAUCAGCCGAGGAGCGCGAGCGACUCCGGACUAUCGACGACAACCGGCGUAUGCGUGAGGAGAUCGAAGCCUACUACCAGAAGUACGAGGCCAUCCGCAAGUUUGCUCAGGAGAAGGGCAUCGCCCUGCCGCCUGAACUGGAGCACGAUAUUCCGCGCCUGUAAGGGCGUGGAGAGAGGGUUUCUGGACGGCCCGGGAGCGAGCAGUGAACCGGAAUGUAAGGACAGAGGAGGGAGGGAAAGAGGGAGGGAGCGGUAACUGCGUAGUGACUGCGUACUUCCGGGCUGAGUCAAAUAAAGGUGAGGAAAGUCGGGCGGUGGAAAACUACGCGUCAGAAAUCCAGCCGUGUUGUUUUGGAGUAAUAUUGCGGAAGGUUCAAUUAAUCCAACUUUUCGUGUGGCUUUUGUGAGUCGUUGGUGAUUGAUUCUCAGUAUUGUGUAACUGAUGCGGUGAUAAGCUGAUGUACCCAGAUUUUGUGGAGGUUGGUGAACUGGUUUUUCAGUCGCAGAUAGCUCGGUCAUUGGGUACUAGGAGACACUAAGCUCACCCUCGCCUUAUGUAAUUACCUGGUGAGGCGACUUUGGUCUGUUGCCGUGGCCUUAUGGAUGCACACGCGCCGGCUUGACGGCGGGGGAUUAUUUUACAGAUUGAUGAACGUAUUUUUAUGAGAUCAUCUCUAGUAGCCAGUAUUUGUUUCAAUGACCAUGUGCUUCCAUAGCCUAUUUACUAGCUGAUUUCAGUCUGUAGUACAGCAUACAUAGAUUAGUACACCUUGCUUAGAUGGGUCGUGUUAUGUUUAGGUUACGUUAAUUUAUAAAUGAAUGAAUUUGAGAAAUCACUUCUUUGGACUUCACUUCACUUCUUUGGAUCACUUCUUAGUUCUGCGUUUCGCUUUUUUUUCGUUUUAUGCGGGCAAAAUUAUGGCGCUAAAUAGCUUUUUUAUAGUCAAAUACGCUCACGUCUGAUUUGUCUAGUGGUAACUAUUUUCCCAUUUAUAUAGUUGUGAAUUACUGGCGUAGAAGUGCCUCACGCCCGUUCGAUUCAGUCACCAGGGUAAGAUAGAUAAGCGAUUUGGUGUGGGCGUUGGUACAUGCUCAGUAUUUGUGUUACAUAGUUAGAUCGCAUGUAGUUGUGUCGUCCUGGUUGUCCUGUCAUGUCGCGUUAUCAUUUUUGUGUGUAAAUCUGUCUUUAAGGCGUGCACUGUUGUCGAUUUUUGAAUGAAUAUAUCAUAUAUUCAUAAAAUAAAGGUGAAAAAGGACAA